GCUAGGUAUAAAACCGGCCAUAUUUACCACACACUUCCGAUUUCAACUUUGGUCGUCGUACUGUAACAUUUAAGUAUAGAAUAAGUUAUUUUGUCUGUUAGAAUAUAAUCGAAACUAAGAUGGCCAAGACACCAGCAGUAGGUAUUGAUCUGGGUACCACCUACUCAUGUGUUGGAGUUUUCCAACAUGGAAAGGUCGAAAUUAUUGCCAACGACCAGGGCAACCGCACCACCCCAUCUUAUGUGGCUUUCACCGACACCGAGCGUCUCAUCGGUGAUGCCGCCAAGAACCAAGUGGCCAUGAACCCCAAUAACACAAUUUUUGAUGCCAAACGUCUUAUUGGGCGUAAAUUCGAGGAUGCCACCAUCCAAUCUGACAUGAAACAUUGGCCAUUCGAUGUCGUCAGCGACGGUGGAAAGCCCAAGAUUCAAGUCGAAUACAAGGGAGAAUCAAAGAGCUUCUACCCAGAGGAAGUGAGCUCCAUGGUUUUGGUUAAGAUGAAGGAGACGGCUGAGAACUACUUGGGUGCCACCGUGACCAACGCUGUUAUCACUGUACCAGCUUACUUCAACGAUUCCCAGCGUCAAGCCACCAAGGAUGCUGGAACCAUCUCUGGCUUGCAGGUGUUGCGUAUCAUCAACGAACCAACUGCCGCCGCCAUCGCCUAUGGUUUGGACAAGAAGGGAGUCGGCGAGAGGAACGUGCUCAUUUUCGAUUUGGGCGGCGGUACCUUCGAUGUGUCUAUCCUGACCAUCGAAGAUGGUAUCUUCGAAGUCAAGUCCACCGCUGGUGACACUCACUUGGGUGGUGAAGAUUUCGAUAACCGCAUGGUCAACCACUUCGUGCAAGAAUUCAAGCGCAAGCACAAGAAGGACUUGUCCUCCAACAAGCGUGCUCUGCGUCGUCUCAGGACUGCCUGCGAAAGGGCGAAGCGUACCCUCUCGUCCUCCACCCAAGCUAGCAUCGAAAUCGACUCCUUGUUCGAAGGUGCCGAUUUCUACACUUCCAUCACCAGGGCCAGGUUCGAAGAAUUGAACGCUGAUCUGUUCAGGUGUACCAUGGAGCCCGUCGAGAAGUCCAUCCGUGACGCCAAGAUGGACAAGAGCCAAAUCCAUGACAUCGUCUUGGUCGGUGGCUCCACCCGUAUCCCUAAAGUACAAAAGCUCUUGCAAGAUUUCUUCAAUGGAAAGGAAUUGAACAAGUCCAUCAACCCCGAUGAAGCCGUCGCCUAUGGUGCCGCUGUCCAAGCCGCCAUCUUGCACGGUGACAAGUCUGAGGCUGUUCAAGAUCUGCUCCUCCUCGACGUAACUCCAUUGUCUCUCGGUAUCGAAACUGCCGGAGGUGUCAUGACCGCUCUCAUCAAGCGUAACACCACCAUUCCAACCAAGCAAACCCAAACCUUCACCACCUACUCCGACAACCAACCCGGAGUAUUGAUCCAGGUCUACGAAGGUGAGCGUGCCAUGACCAAGGACAACAACAUCUUGGGAAAAUUCGAGUUGACCGGAAUCCCACCAGCGCCGAGGGGUGUCCCACAAAUCGAAGUCACCUUCGAUAUCGAUGCCAACGGUAUCUUGAACGUAACCGCCAUCGAAAAGUCCACCAACAAGGAGAACAAGAUCACCAUCACCAACGACAAGGGUCGCCUCAGCAAGGAAGACAUCGAACGUAUGGUCCAUGACGCCGAGAAGUACCGUAACGAGGAUGAGAAGCAGAAGGGAACCAUCGCUUCCAAGAACGCUCUCGAAUCUUACUGCUUCAACAUCAAGAGCACCAUGGAAGAUGCUAAGAUCAAGGAGAAGAUCAGCGACGAGGAGAAGAACACCGUCCUCGAGAAGUGCAACGCUGUCAUCUUGUGGUUGGACGCCAACCAGUUGGCCGAGAAGGAAGAGUACGAUCACAAGCAAAAGGAACUCGAGAACGUGUGCAACCCGAUCAUCGCCAAGUUGUACCAAGGUACCGGUGGAGCUCCACCAGGCGGUAUGCCAGGAUUCCCAGGUGGUGCUGGCGCCGCUCCCGGACCUGCUCCAGGCACCGGAGGCGCUGGACCAACCAUCGAGGAGGUCGAUUAAACAAAUCAUUCCCGUUCUGAGUUUUUUUUUCCAGUAUUAUUGUUUUCAGACAAUGCUUAAUUUAUAAUUAAUUGUUCUUUACCACCAAAGAGGAAACUGGUUCCUCUUUUAUUGUUAUUUGGCUUUAUAUUCUUAGGGUCUUUAACAACACUUUUGGGAUCUGUUUCUUACAGUACAAUUUCCAGUUGAAUAAAAUAAAUCCAAAACA